AUUAGAUAUUUGAUCGAUUUUUCCCGUUUCCACUUUCAGUUUUCUUUGUCAAUUGAGUUGUAGUUUUCUGGAUUUUACUCGUAUCUAAAAACUUUCAAGCCGCUAGGCCAUGGCUUCUAUAUGUUUAAAAUCUAAGGCCUAAGAGGAGACCAGUAGCUUCAGCUAUGAUGUAGGAAUAGAUACCAAUAUGAUAACUAAAUUGGUGUUGUGUUUUGCGAUACACUAUAUAAGUGUAUCAGCACAAGACUGCACAGAUUUACAUGGGCGAUCGGUUUCAAAUGGUGUUCAUUAUAUACCCGGACCAGAUACCUGUACUCUAUGCGUAUGUGACAACGGACUGCCAAAAGUCUGCAAGGCUGUCUUAUGUUCACCUCCUCAGGACUGCAGAUCGUUCCGUGUUGGCACAACGUGUUGCGAGUUCAUAUGCUUAGACGAUGUUGUGAAGCCAGUUGAGGGUGUGGAGGGAAAUUUGAGAGUGGCCGCUGGUGGGACAGCUUGCUUUGUUCUUUUAAUUAUUGCAUUCAUUGUAUAUAAAGUGAGGAAACAAAAACGGCUUAACCUACCACAUGGUGAAGAUCGACGAAGUCUGAAUAGCAUUGGGUAUAUUAGUGGUAGUAUCGGGUACAUGGGUAGCGGAUGUGAAACGGCGCCGGGCACUUGGAAACCAUCUGGCCAAUAUCUUCCACGAGGUGAAGCUCCACCACCAUAUGAUGAGGCUAUUGCUCAGUGUAGGCCUGACAUGCGAUUAAUAAAUGAAACGGCAUUUAACCGCAAUUAUCCAACAGGAGAGCUGGUACGUAGGCCUGAAGAUGCUUUGCAGUGUGUUGGCCACGGCUAUGUGAAUGUGCCGCGUCCUAUUGCUCAAAUUGCCAACACACAGAACUGUUUCAAUGCGCCGUUGCUGCAACAGGUUAUUCCCGUUGAGGCCAGAGAUCACAUCGUCCCGCACCAUUUGGCUUCGAAUGGGGCGGGGUUUCCAAAUGGGCUGCGUCUCACGGGCUCGUUGGGCGCCAUCAGCAACCGAGCGCUGAGCCUGGCACGGGACGAGCACGAGAGAGACACGGAGCGAGAGAGACCACGCAACGUGCCAGGCUUCUACACACACGCCGCCCUACACCGCACAAUCCCUCGCAUAUCGACCGCUACGGACACCAGCAUGUUGGAAGCGAUGUGCUUCAGCCGCGGAGAUCGCGGGUGCGGCGAGGUGCGGCGCUCGUUCCACCGGCCCGAGCCGCCGCGCAGCGAGCGACCCGACCGCAUCGAGCGCGCGAACACCGGCCGGAGCGUGCCGCGCAACCUGAACAUGGCGUCCGUGCCCGACAUGAUGGUGACCGCGGCGCGACCCGACCCGGACGCGGGCCGGAGCGUGCCUCGCAACCUUAACAUCUCUCCUAAUGUACUCGCAGACGCGACCAAUCAAAAUAUUGACGACAGAGUCAAAUGUGGAGGCAGAUCUCGGGCGCACAGUGAAGAACAAUUCGCCCCCUACGCUCCAGCCGGCAACGAGAAGGGGGUGGGUCCAGGGCCAGACAAAGGGCAUACUCAGCAACCGUCACAGCCGCCGCCUCCACUGCCGCAUACAACCUUACCAUUGACUGUUGACAAGCCAUCUUGUGGGUGCAGCUACAAUGACCGCGGCGCGGGCGACGAGGCCGACGACUACCGAAGCGAGUGCGAGAACUGCAAGUCUACGCCCGCAACCUGGGCUGAGGGCGAGGGCGUGGAGGAGGAGUGGAAGUGUGGGACACAGACCCUGCAGCGCCGGGCGCCACCUCAUCACCACCACACCGCCACGCUGCCGCAACCAGUCACCCGCCACGAACGCAAUCCGAUCGGUCAGCCUUCGAACUGGGAAAAUUGGUUCAAUACCAUUCCGGAUUCUGAUAGCGAAUCCGAGGAGGAGUAAGUACAAGAUGACUCGCGUACAAUAACUUAAGUAAAGCUAAGUUUUCAGCUAUUUGAGAACUCCCGUGUCUAAGUAACUCACGCGAACUAUAAACAUCUUUUGAGUACAGCGUCCAAUUAGUUUUGGUCUGCAAAGCAAGUAUUAAAAUUAUACGUUGUAUGAGGGUAGAUAUCUUUUUUAUAGUCUUUUAAUUGUAACGUUCCAACACACGUCCUCUGCAUGAUAAUUAUAGCUUCCGUUUUUCCAGUUUUUCAAACAUUAUUAUAGGUCAUAUUAUUUUUAUUAAAUUUUAUUUACGUAAUAAAGCGCGGAGUUAAAUUGGUUCCAACUUUGCGCAUAAGCGCAGCCCUAGUAUGAAAUAGCUAAUAAUAAACCUAGCUAUUGAAUCACCUAUUAACUUUAAAACUUACAUUUAACUAAAGUCUUAGCGCUUUACACCCCUUUUUAACUCUGCAAUAGAGAUCUAUCUGGAUUUAAACAAAUUCCAUCUUGAAAAUUACUUUACUUCAAGAAUACCAAAAAAUUAUGAAUAGAAGCUACAACUUAGUACGAAUGACUAAUGUGUUAUCAAGACAAGGAGUAUUUUGUUCUUGCACACUUUGCACUCGUCUAGCAUUUAAAUUUAAUAUCCGUCGCCUUUGGACAUGUUUUAAAAAAACAUUUUGGUAAACGUCGGUAUUGUUUGGUGGUUGGAAGCAAUCUUCUCAUUAUGUCCAAAGACUGAUCAACGUAUUGGUGUAUAUGAUCUAUGUGGGAACUCGGCUUAACCAUUGGUGCGAUAUUUAACUAGACUCUGGCCAACGAAAGCUGGCUCUGGAAAAGGGCGGCAAAUUUAAGUAACAUAAGUGUAGCAACACUAAAAUUAUUAAAAGAAAAUAAAAAAGUUUGUUUGGAUUUUGUUACUCUUUCGGCAUAUAAUUUUAGUACGAAUUUUACUGAAAUCUUGAAUGCAAAUACUUUAUAACCUAGAAUAGUACAUAGGCUAUAUAUAUUUUUUUCUGAUAUUAACUUGUCAAUCAUGUCUUGCAACAUGCCAACGUCUGUCUGAAGUACCUAUACUCUUAAAUCUAAAUAUAUUUUAUUUCAUUUUAGAUAAGAUCGCAAACCCGAAAAUAAAAUCAUAACAUAGUUUAUAAAUCCACACCGCAACCUAAUAAGUCGCCAUCUUGUUUGUCAAAGUACAUUGAAGUUGCAUUACAGUUUCCAUAUAAAAAACCUGCAAUUAACUCUAGUGGCAACUUUCGUUAGCUAGACCGUAUUACCAGAUUAAUUUAAAAAUUAUGUUAAAUCUUCUAUGACAUAUAUUUAGCUAUUAAUACCUAUUUUUAUAUUGUAGUUUGUGUUAAAGAACAUUCCAGAAUGGUAUAGUUAGUGAUAUAAAGCAUCACAAUGCUACCAAAGAUAAUAUUUAUUAAGAAAUUCAAUAAAUUUAAAACAAACAUAAUUAUAUAGUUAAUAGGGAGCCCUAGUUUGAGAAACUUGUAAUCGAAAUAGAUGCAUCUAGAGCCAAAAAGUAUUAUACAUUCGAUAUAACAUAAGAACAAUCAAAUCGUUUAAGAAAAUAAUCUUGAAAUAGAUUGCACUAUAUAUUAUUAGAUAGAUAUAUAAAUGAAUCGUGUAUUUUUAAAUAACUAAUAAUUAAAUUAUUAUUAUUUUUAACAUAAAUUCAUACAGUUGAAAAAAAUUGUACUUAUUAAUAAAUAGGUAAGGUUGAAAUUUCGUCAUAGCAUGUAAGAUAAAUUCAAAACUCAAAUGGUAAUAAUAAUAAUAAUUAGUAAUUAAUGUUAGUUAAAAAAUUUCUCUCGAAUAGUCUCAUUCUCAGAAUCUUCUAAAUGUAAUUAGCUAUAUAUAACAAUAUAAAAGGAAGCAAUGAAAUAAUUUCACGAGAAAGAUGUAAACAGGAGUGCAUUCUCUUUGUAGUUAAUACAUAUUUUAUAGUCAUCGGAUUAUAUUUCUUUUUAUAACGAUAAAUUUAAUAUUUUAAUAGGGUGGUUUCGGUUUUUUGGAAAUUGAGUGUAGAGACAAGAAUUAAUAUUAUAAAUAGUUCUCAUAAUGUCUUAACUAUAUUUCAGGCCAUGAGAAUCAAAGUGGCCUAAGUACAUUUUAAUACAAUAAGUUUAUAAUCAAUCAUUUUGGACAAAAUCAGGUGGUCUUAAAGAGAUUUAAUUUACAUACAUAGUUAGAUAUUAUAAUUUUAUAAAUCACUCAAACCAAACUGGUUCUAACAAAAUGAAAAAUCUUAACUGUUGCAAAUAAUAACCUUAAUAUUUAAAAAUAUGUGGUUAAGUCGCUCUGGUUCUCAAGGUCGCAUUUACAUGUACUUAACAGUUAUGAUAACAUUGUUAAGUUUAUUUAUUUUACUGUUUAUUAAUCAAUUUAACGAUGUGACGCUUAUUGGAUGGGCGAGCAUUCUUGUUGAGAAUUAAGUUUUGACAAUGUUUGUAUACAUUUUUUUUUAUUUGAUUGAGUUAUGGCGUAAUUAUAAGUUUAUUUUUAUCUUUUUUAUAUCUUUUACAUGAGAAGUGUGUUUGUAUUGAGAGAAAUGUAAAACGAGAAUUAAUAAUAGUUUGUCAAAAAUACUUAUAAUUUUCAUUCGUCCAAAUCACACAGUAAAUGGCAAUAGUAAUGAGUCUAAUAAUAAAAAAAAGUUUUUUUUUGAGGAAAAAAUAGGUGAUUAACAUAAUAUUGUAUGUCUCAGUUCGAUUAAAAUAUUAAGAUUAAUUACAUCAAUAAAAUUUUACACAUUAUUUUAUUGCUGUAAUAUUAUAUUUUCGAAACUAAUACACCGACAUACUACAUGAGAAGUAAUCUAUAAAUACACAAUGUCAACUUAUUAUUUUCAUUUUUUUUCAAUGUCAAAAGACAAGCGUAGCUAAUUUUCGUUGCAUAUCUCCUCAAUAUAAACUUAAAUUGUUAUGUUUGUUUAUUUUUUUAUUGAUGGACCUAGUCCAAAAUGGUACAUACUUAACACAUACGAAUAUAAUAAUUCAAUAGUGGUUAGUCUUGAAUCUUAACCCAUUUCGUUACUACAGUAAAUCACAUUGUACAAUGUAAAAAAAGUCUGACAACCAUUCUACAGGGAAACAGACGUACCUACUUCUUAUUUGAGCUUACUGACUAUAUUCAAAGAAUGGAUUUUUCUGUUGCCAUCAUAAAUAAAUAUUUCAUAUUAAUUUAUAUAAAAUCUGCCCUAUUUUUUAUUUUGUGUGUGACACUGUCAUACAGCAGGUACACAAAGUCUGUAAACUACUUACUCGUUGUUUUGGUUAUUUUAGUUCUAAAACAAAACAAAAAAAAUCACUGCAUUGUCAUUCCCCUGAAUGGGCACGUAAGUUUAAGGCAAAAACACAUUUCGACUAUCUCAGGAACUAAUAGUUUUACCCGCCAUUUAACAGUAUUAGUACAACAGCUAUACCAUUAUUAACCUCAUUUUUCGCAGUAGGUACAAUUAAAUGUGUUCAAGGGAUAUCGACAUGUGUGAUAAAUUAAUUGUGACAGACGAUUUAAUAUUCAUUAUGUUAAUUAAUUUGAGAGGUAACAUUUUCUCAAUUUAGGUAGUUGAUUGCUGAAUUGAAAUAAACCUUAUGGAUGUGUUAAUUGGACUGACAAUUUAAUUUAUUGGAAUUAUUUCUAAAUUAGUCUCCAUACCUUAUUGUAAUAAAUGUACACUCUGAUAUUAAAUUUUAAAGUUAUUUACAAAUUUUCACAAGUAGUUGUUCCGUACUAAAUACUUAUUGAACUAAGCCCACUAAUAUAGAGUUAGCAUUCCAGUAUUUUGUCAUUCAUUGUCUCUUCUUAGAUAAUUUGCCAGUCGGCACUGUCAGUAUUAUAGAUAUGUUUUUGAACCAAAUAUAUUAAAUAAAACCAGUUGAAGCAA